GUUUUUAUUGGGUUUUACUUUUUAUAAUAGCAUUGAAACUUGAAAGAGAAGCAAGAGAGGGAGAGAGAGACGCGGAUGUUCUUAGAAAAUCUGAAAAGAAAAUAUCCAGGAGCCCUAUCGAAGAGGGGGGCUCCAUCUUAGGUAGGCCCCAUCUGGACCACCCUUCAUUUUGUCAGAUUAUAAGGAUAAGCUUUUCAUCUUCUCUCAAAUAAAAAUCACAAGAGCAACAAAGACACACUACACAAGUCUGUGUGGCCCCUUUAAACUGCAAAAUUCCCAUAGAAUCCAAUUCCCCGAGAAAAAAGAGAGAAACCCAUCUGCUAGAUGAGAAAAGAUGGAUCUUGAAGAGUGGGAAGUCCUCUCCGAUGAUGGGUUUCUUGAAAUCCAAGACGAUGGAGGAAAGCAAAUCUUUCCAAGAAAAUACGCGGGUGAUCCGAAGGUUGUCUUCAACAUGAACUACUUCAUCUGCAAGUCUCCGAUUUCCAAGGGAAUCUUUGAUCCGGAAGGGAUGGGAAACCAAUUCCUUCCGCCCCCGAUGGAAUUGGAAAAGGUGAGAGAAGUCACCGAUUUCCCUGUCGAGACAGAGCAGGUGAAGUCCCCCGGUGGAGUUGUUUGGGAAACCGAUUACAUAGUUUCCCAAGUCUCCUUCAAGAAGAUGAAGGAGAACGAAUUCGUCGACAUGAAAAUGGAUUCCCCGAGGGCCGGCGGCGGCGGGUGGGGAAUCGUGCCUCAGAUUGAGGCAGGGCUGUUUCAGUUUGAGGGUGAUGAUGAUGAUGAGAGUGAGGUGGAAAUUGAUCAGGGUGGUAAAAAGAGAGGGGAAUUGGAUCCCAAGGGAAAGGUGGAUUGGGAAAGCGAAAAUGGUCAUGGGGUGAAUAUAUUGAAGUGGAGUUUGAGUGGUAUUGGUGCGAUUUGCUCCUUUGGUGUGGCUGCUGCUACAGUUUGCAUUAUUGUGCUUGGAAAUGGAAAUCAGCAGCAGAGGAACAAACAACAGAACCAGAAGAUUCAGUUCCAGAUCUUUGCCGAUGAAAAGAAGAUUAACCAGGUGGUGAAUGAAGCAAUAUCAGCAGUGAGAGGUGUGCCCCUCACCACAGCUCAUUUCACUUAUGGUGGUGCUCAUCAUGGUCACGUCUCUUUAGACCACUGAACAGCUGAGCUUCACAUACAUUUGUACCGCAAAAAGUCUAACAACACAGCUUUAAAACACCGCUCCGAACACAACAGUAUCCCAAGCCAUUCGAUGUACGUCUAUGGGCCAACGUGUGCAUCUAAUGGCUCCGAACACAGUUGUGUCAGGACUUGUAUAUGUUUUAAAGUUAUGUUCGUAUCAUUGGUCAUUAUACUAUUCGUCUUGGUAUUUAUAGUAGUAUUAUGUGGUGUACCAGAUCAAUGAGGAUCCUUAAACUUCCAUAUGAGUAUUUACAUGUGUGUAAAGAGUCUAUGUCCUGGUUGUACUUUAGCUCAUCAUUCUUAUAUACUAAUAAUAUCACUCCCCUGUUUGUUUUC